AUGCUAGAAGAAACUGAAGAGAUUCCGCGGCUCAAGAAAAGGCUCAGUAAUGAUGCUUUGAUACGAUUGCUGAUGAGAACUCAACAUAAUGUGUUCGCCACAAAAAGGGAUGAAAAAAGAGCGGAUUUCGAUCGUCGAAGCCUUGAUGACGACAUAGCCACGUGUUUUCUGUCGCCGGCGCAGUGUAUGCGACCUCGAUCAAGGAGGUAA